AUGUAUGGCGCAAAAGAUAUCAUCGUUGUAAUAGAUAAUGUUAAAGUUUUAGUAAAAUUAGCAAAUGAUUUCAGUUUAUGCAAAGUUAGAAGAAUACUUGAGGCAAAUGAUGUAACAAGAAUGACAGAUUCCUUUUAUUUUACAAAAAAUGGUGCGUUAAUUAAUAUUAGUAAUGAAAAUGAAUAUUUGUUAAGUGAUAUAUUAGAUGAAAAAAAUAUGAUCUAUCUUGAAAGAGAUUCUCGACCAAAUUGGAGAGCGCUAGUGAGGAAAUUUAGUCUUGAAAAUGGUCGUAAUUAUGAUGAUGAUAAAGAUAGAGUAGCCGAAAAAAAACUUUUUGUUCUUGAAGAUUGUGAAUUUAGUAUACUUGAACCUGACGAAUAUAAUUUUCAUACCAAGACAAUUUCUUCAAUUGAUGAUUUAUCUAAAAAUGAGAAUUUAAUUUUUAAAAACACUCAAUUAGGCAUUCCAAAUACUGUAAACUUUGAUUUUUCAAUUGAUCCACAAAAUAUUCGACCUUAUAAUUCCGAAGAAAUAUCUUCAAGGUUUAAAUUCAAAAAUAUUGUCAAAGCAAUAUUAUCUUUUAAAAUAAAAGAUAUUAGACUCACCUAUGAAUUUAUCAUUGCCGUAAAGAGAGCUCUAAAUUCGCAAGACCUUAAUAUAUUAAAACACGCCAUUGAAAAGUUUGGUCAAUUUAUUCCUACAGUGAUUAUAUUUGGUGGAAGACUUCAUUACAAGGUUACUACAUGCACAGGAAUUUACAGACAAGGUAGAAACGAAAGCGCCAUACAACUCCAAGAUUCAUUAAUUUUUGGUGGCGAUAAGAUAAAAAUAAUUCUGGGUGAAGAGGACGAUUGGAUAACUUCAUUACAAGAAUUUAAACUUUGGGAUAUAAUCGAAUUUCGUAAUCCUGUGAGCAUAUUUGAAUUCUUACCUAAUGACCUAAAAGAUAGGAUUAGAGAAUUAAUUGGGAAGACGAUUAUUUAUUCUAAUAUUCAAGAUUACGACUUUAAAAUACAUGAUUAUAAUGAUAGAAGUAAUAUUGUCGACUUGAAGAUGCCCAAAAAUAUCGGUUCCAUUUUUUCAAAUAAAGACGUUGAUCCACAAGUUUUUGCUACAGUGUCAAACAUUGAAGACGAUGACAACAUCUUCACUUGUAUGUUAUAUACCCCUUCGCAUUCGUCUAUUCCUAAAGUUAUUAUUAAUUGUACGAGAUAUAAAUCUAAUCAACAAAAAGUACAUCGUGUCAAGAUUAAAUGGAUCGUUGUUGGAUAUGACUUAAGCUUUAAUUCAAUUUUUAAUCCAGAACACAUACAUCUUCAAAGCUCUACAAAACGUUGUCAUUAUAAUGAUAAUACUUUACAUGAAGUACUUAAUAUACGUACAGAGUACUCCAUGGUACUAUUUGGCAUACCUGUGGUAUUAGAAUGGAAUCCUUCUUUUAAAUUUUCUAUAAUUGGCCAUCAUUUUAACAGACAUGAUGAUAAAGUUUGCAUAAAUCUUUAUGGUUAUGAUUUAAAUGAGAAGAAAUAUUUUACUCGUUUUUUAUCUAAUUUUAAAUUCAAUCUUUUAUACACGAAACAUCCAAAUCCAGAUAUAUUUAGUUACUUUAAAGUGGAUAAAGAUUUAUCUCUAGAAAAGAUUUUCGAAGCAGAUAAUAAUUUAUUUUUAAACGGGACAAGCAAUGUCCAUAAUACUGAAUUUAUUAGUUUGUACAAAGAAGGUUACAAUCAAUCCGACCCGGGAUUUAUUAGCAGAAAAAAUGGACACUUUUUUAUUAAACAACCUGAUGGGCAUAUUUCUCAAGAUCAUUUUUUUGUAGCAGUCUUUAAUCCUGAAUUUAAAGUCCAAGAAACUGAGAAUGAAAACCAAAUAAUAAUUGAGGGCGAGCAUGAAAUCACAAGUUGGGAUUUUCCAAUUUUUAUUAUAUAA